AUGAGUGAGGAAGAUCAAGGGCAGAAUAAUCAGGAUUCGGCCACUAUAAACCUGAAGAGGCGUAGAAGGGUGAAGGAGAGUAAGGCAGCAUCUAAACCACCACAAGUGUAUCCACUGACAAAAUGUAAACUGAGGUACAUGAAGUUAAGUAAGAUGGCACAUUUGUUGUCACUUGAAGACAACAUACUGAGCUUGUGCGAGAUGGACAAGUCGUCUGAGGGAGUAAGCGGCCAGAAGCAGAUGGUUGAGCAAUUGAGAGGAAGUCCAUUGUCUGUUGGGACGCUAGAAGAGUUUGUUGAUGAUCAUCAUGCAAUUAUCACUACAGGUGUUGGACUAGAGUAUUAUGUUAACAUAAUGUCUUUUGUGGAUAAGGAUCUUCUUGAGCCGGGAUGCACGAUUUUGCUGAACCAUAAGGACAACAGUGUUGUGGGGGUACUUGAGAGAGAGAUGGAUCCGAUGGUGAAUGUUAUGAAACUGGAGAAGGCACCUUCUGAGACAUAUGCAGACAUUGGUGGGCUUGAGGAGCAGAUACAGGAGAUAAAGGAAAGUGUGGAGCUUCCACUGACGAAUCCCGAGCUUUAUCAGGAAAUGGGGAUACGGCCACCGAAGGGAGUGAUACUAUAUGGACUCCCAGGCACUGGAAAGACACUUUUGGCAAAGGCUGUUGCAAACCAGACUUCAGCAACGUUUCUUAGGGUUGUAGGCACAGAGCUGAUUCAAGAGUAUCUAGGAGAAGGACCAAAGCUUGUGAGGGAGUUGUUCAGGGUUGCUGAUAUGCAUGCGCCAUCGAUUAUUUUUAUUGAUGAAAUAGAUGCAAUUGGAGGAAGGCGGUACAACACAUCAUCUGGAGGAAGAAGAGAAGUGCAAAGGACAAUGUUAGAGCUGCUGAAUCAACUAGAUGGGUUUGACACGAGAAACGACAUCAAGGUGAUUAUGGCCACGAACAAGAUAGAUGCGCUUGAUCCUGCCUUGAUCAGACCAGGGAGAAUUGAUAGAAAGAUUGAAUUUGGAAUGCCAGAUGCAGCAACUAAGAAGAAGAUAUUUGGCAUACACACCUCUAGGAUGACUCUGGAUGAGAAUGUGAGUAUUGAGUCUUUGAUAACCAGCAAGGAGGAUCUAAGCGGGGCGGAUAUAAAGGCUAUUUGUACAGAAGCAGGAAUGAUCGCGCUAAGGGAGAGAAGAAAGAUGGUGACGAUGAAAGAUUUUAUUACAGCAAGGGAGAAGGUGUUUUCAUCCAAGCAAAAGGCAACAUCUGCAGGGCUUUACUCUUAA